AUGGCGGAUCCGUCGAAGAUUCCCAUCGCCCCCAAUCCAAAUGGUGACCCAUCUAAUUUCAUCAACCCACCGUCACUGGAAUCAACAGUCCUCUCACUGGGCCUGGCUCUCAUAUGCAUAAGUAUAGCAUGUCUAUCAUUACGACUCUUCGCCAACUAUCGACGCACCAGAAGGCUAUGUUUGGAUGAUUAUCUUUGUCUCCUCGGAGAAGUGGCGGGUGUUGGAUACUGGGCGGUGAUUUAUUCUGUUGCCCGAGACGGGACCGCGAAACACUCCUGGGACGCGCCUAUCAGCGUGAUUACUUCAUCAUUUAUAAAGAAACACUUUGCACAACAGAUGCUUAGCUUGCCAGCUCUGUGGGCAACGAAAGCUGCAGUUUUGGCACUCUACAUUCGUAUAUUCGACAGUACACGAUGGAUGCGCCGGACGUGUUAUGCGUGUAUCGUCAUAAUGUUCCUAUUUUAUGGAGCCAACGUCGUUCUCGCGAUCGUAUACUGCCUCCCUAGAAGGGGAGAUCCCUGGGACGCCGCCGUGCUCGAUAGGUGCGGAGAUCCAGGUGCUCUUUCGGUCUCUAUCGGCGCAUUUUCGGUUUUUUCAAACAUCGUCCUGUUCUGUUUGCCGUUCCCUAUUAUCUUCGAGCGACGCUUAGCCCCGCCAAAGAUAAUAGGGCUGACGGGUGUGUUCCUGGUCGCACUUUCAACUCUCACAACCAGCAUAAUGGCACUUCGCUACCGAGUUAAAUCCUUUCUUGGGGAGGAUCAACUGUGGAAUGGAUUCACCGUAACCAUCACAACGUUCGCGGAAAUAUUCGGCACUGUCUCACGAACGAUAUCCAAGCUGUCGAGCGAGAUCGUUAUCCUGUCGAACACGGACGAAAACCGACAACUCGUCCGCGGAUGGGAACAAAUCCGAUUCGAUGUCAAAUCUAAAAAUGCAUCAUGA